UGGACGUUGUACGCACCACGCACUCGUUUGAAACCUAGGCGUAUGUAUUGUUUAUUUACGACGAUAUGUAGUAUUAAGAGUGGGUUUUUGCCAGUGAUGGAUUCCAAUUUACAAGAAUCCAAAAAUAAUCAAACUGCUGUUGAGGAUACAUAUCAACAAAUGCGAAAACUAUGUGAGAAUUACAAAUUGUUCGCGAAAAUGGAUAAUGAUAGCAAUGACUUGGAUGAACUAUAUUCAACUAGCCUGAAUUUAAGUUAUAUUCGAGAUGAUUAUGAAACUAUAAAACAUGAAUUAUCAGUCAUUAAAGCUAAUCGUCAAAUUGCUCGAGACGCACUUUUAGCUGCCGGAUUUCAAUGUCCCGAUGAUCCACCAACGUACUCUUAAUCAUCUAUCUACAGCGUGAGUACGAGAACUCAAACUUUGGCAUCACCGUGAAAUGUGAAAUUCUUUUUUGUUUUUCUGAAAAUUGAUUUCUGAUUUACUCUAUUAAAUAUUUACAUUACUUCAACUUGACCAUAGUUUUAUUUGUUAACUAAUUCAUUGUUAGGCGAAAUCGUAAUCUACAACUUGUUUGCUUACCUGAUUUUCAUUUUUGAAUUAUUUAUUUGCCCCUCUUUUUUGUAGCGUUUAAUCUGUUUCAAUUUAAUAUUUCUAACACUGUAAAUAGUAUGAUUAUAUUCACUUGAAGUUGCCUAAAAUAGCUUUUCUCUCAUUCUCAUAUAAACACAUGUAUAUAUUGGCUUUUGUUCUUGAAUUACUAUUAUGAUUACUACCUCUUCAUGUGUUUCCAUGGUCAUAAAUUACUUCAAUGAGAAAUUGGUCUUUUUUGUGGUUCUUUUUGUUUACUACCGUUCAAUAAUUUUUGAUGGGUCAUAUCUGUUAUGGGACAACAGAAUAAUGACCAGUAAGAUUACUAGAAUAUCUAAAUAACUAAGUCGUAAACAAUAGGUAGUUUAGUAAGGUUACAAGUUAAAAGGCAAUAAAUUUAAUUCAUUUUUUGGGGAUAUCCUUAUUUUGGAACAUAACAAAUAUAUUUGGAUGCGCACUUCUGAGUAGUCCCACAAUAGGAUGAAACGGCCGUCUAGUGCUUCCA